AUGGCGGCCAUCCCCUCCAGCGGCUCGCUCGUGGCCACCCACGACUAUUACCGGCGCCGCCUGGGGUCCACGUCCAGUAACAGCUCCUGCGGAAGUGCCGACUACCCCGGGGAAGCGAUCCCCCACCACCCAGGGCUACCCAAGGCGGACCCUGGCCACUGGUGGGCAAGCUUUUUCUUCGGGAAGACCACCGUCCCAUUCAUGGCCCCUGUGUUGGAGUCUCCAGAGCGCUCGGGAUCCCCCCAGGUCUCCAACGGCGUGAUCACCUGUGACCUGGCCCCGGGUACCAUGAGAAAGCCGCCUGGCAGCCCUCCAACACCAUCAGCGCCAGGCCCCUCCUGA